AUGGUCGCAGACGCAGUACCAUCAAUCACGAAUGGGCAAGAGCAAUCCGUGCUUGACGCAUGCUCGUCAGGGGACAUCGUCGCUCUCCAGAAGCUGUUCAACAUCCACGGCAUUGAGCCUGGUAGUAAGCCAAUCAUCACGCAAUGCCUUUACGGCACCUGGUCACGGGUAGAAUCUAGAAGCAUUCCCAGCUGCAUGAUACCUACGACAAUGGAGCUUCUCGAGAAUGCCGUGGCCGCCAAACAGUUGGCCAUGGUCGAAUUCAUCUUUGAGACUUACCCUUUGUUUGAUCUGAGUGAGGGCCAAUGUGUCGCCAGUGCUGUGAUGGAGCACCCCGACGCAGCCAUACUCAAACGCAUCUGUGAUCAUCAACGUGCUUUUGCUAGCAUUUCCAUGGAUGACCACCUCCACACAUUCUUUACUCGGGCUUGUGAAAAGCCACCAGACCACAUUGCUCCGGUGUUGAACAUACUCUUGGACUAUGAUGCCGACAUUUCCGAUGGUUGGGGCGGGCUUGGUGCUUUAUGGGCAGCCAUAUCUAGAGGCCAUUCUGUAGAGGUCAUUGAAAAGGUCCUGAAGUGUCAUUUGUCACAACAUGUUCCGAUCCGAAGCAGCCACGCAGAAACAGCCAUUGGGCGCGGUGACGAAGAUAUCGUUGCGUUGAUAUUUUCAAAUGACCAGAUGGAAUUCAAAGCCAACCAAUCAGCGCGAUAUGUUGAACAAGCGGAUAAAACUGGGGACAAGGCGAUCACUGCCAUCGUCCAGCAAUGGGUAAACAAGAAGAGCAAGCAACACUUGAGCGCACCAAGGCCGUGGUUGACGAGAACCUGGCAAAAGCUGCUACGUUCUGGACCUUGA